UGAUAUUGAUUAAACUGCUUUAAUGUGCCGGACAGAAGGCAGCGACUCAGCAGUAAAAAGCAGUAAGUGUUCCUGUUCCUGUCUGAAGUUUUGCAGUGGAGAGCUCAGACCACACCGGACCACAUCCUCUACACCCUGCUCAGCUCCCGGGGGGCUGUGUCCAGCUCUCUUACCUGUCUGCAGCUGCAUAAGAGGGCGGAGCGAGUGGCGGCUCUGCUGAUGGAGAGAGGCGGUCUGCAGGAAGGAGAUCACGUCGCUCUGGUAUACCCACCAGGUAUUGACCUGAUUGCAGCUUUUUAUGGCUGCCUGUACGCCGGCUGUGUUCCCAUCACGGUGCGACCGCCUCACCCUCAGAACAUCUCCACCACCCUGCCCACAGUUAAGAUGAUUGUCGAGGUGAGUCACUCGGCCUGUGUGAUGACCACCGCUGUCAUCUGUAAGCUGCUGCGCUCCAAAGAGGCCACGGCCACCGUGGACAUCAGGAACUGGCCACCAGUCCUGGACACUGAUGACCUGCCAAAGAAGAAGCCUCCAGCUCUCUAUAAGCCCACCAACCCGGAUGGCCUGGCCUAUCUGGACUUCAGCGUGUCGACGACCGGCAUGUUGGCCGGAGUUCAGAUGUCCCAUAAUGCAGUUGCAGCCUUCUGUCGGUCAGUGAAGCUGCAGUGUGAGCUGUAUCCGUCCAGGGAAGUGGCCAUCUGUCUGGAUCCCUACUGCGGCCUCGGCUUCGUCCUCUGGUGUCUCUGCAGUGUGUAUUCUGGACACCAGUCCAUCCUGAUCCCUCCGGUGGAGCUGGAGUCCAACCCAGCGCUGUGGCUGCUGGCCGUCAGCCAGCUGAGGGUGCGAGACACCUUCUGCUCCUACAGCGUCAUGGAGCUCUGCACCAAAGGACUCGGCCUGCAGACCGAGGCGCUCAAGGCUCGGGGUCUGGAUCUGUCCCGGGUUCGGGCCUGUGUGGUGGUGGCAGAGGAGAGGCCCAGGAUGGCGCUCACACACUCUUUCUCCAAGCUCUUCAAAGACCUCGGCCUUCACCCGCGCUCUGUCAGCACGGCCUUUGGCUGCAGAGUCAACCUGGCCAUUUGCCUGCAGGGCACUUCAGGACCAGACCCUACUACUGUGUACGUGGACAUGAGAGCACUGCGUCACGACAGGGUUCGAUUAGUGGAGAGAGGUUCUCCUCACAGUCUGCCCUUGAUGGAGUCUGGCAAGUCUUUACGCGCCUCUGCCGAGGAGGGGCCGCCAGGAGAAGCUCUCCCGUUCCGAGCGGAGGAGGAGGCGUCGCCGAUUACCGCUGGAGACCGAGCUCGGCUGGCGGAGCUGGAGCUGGAGCUGUCAGAGGCCUACCUACUACCGGAAUCUAACCUUCAUUCCUGCGGCCCUUCCUCCUCCUCCUCCUCCUCCUCCUCUUCGUCCCCUCCCGCUCCUCCCAUCCAGAUGUUUGUCAGUCAGGGGACCGGCCAGGAUAUCUCUGUGUGGCCGGGGGAGGAUGAGGGCUGA